AAUUCAGAGGAUCCUUAACAGAUGAUUGUCAAUGUGGAUUAUAUCCCCUAGCAGACUGCUACGAGAAAUAGAGGAGAACGGGAUAGAGUGUGAGUGUGUAUGUAUGAGCUGCUGAAGAUACAGGGAAAGAGCUGAGCAAGUGAGAGAGGGAGACUCGAGCGGAGGUGUGCGAGAGCAGCAACUUCAUUGUGUUUAAACAGAACUGCGCGAGAAGCAGGACGGUGCGCAGCUCAGCAUCAGUACCGACAGGAAAAAGAGAGAAUAGCCUUCUGGAUACUACUGUGGACAAACAGACGGUGAGAUGUACUUCAUUCAAAAACAGUCAGUUGCACCAACUUGAGAGGGAAGAGGAAUACACUGAUCGAACCGAGGAUACAUAUAUGCUGUCAUACUGAAAAAGUUCUUAACUAUGGAAAAUAAUUUCUAAAUGACUGUUUGUAAAGUUUUCGGACAAUACCAGUGCUUUGAGAAGCAUACGAUUUCAGAGACAGGGACAUCGCCGGGUACGUUUGAUAUACCCAAGAAGUGAUAUUGCUUUGCACGGCGGUGGAGAAUAACCAGCAAGAGGCAGCCCUCACCCCAGUCGCAUUGACUGAACAAUAGAUUCCCGUCCUACACUUUCGGGGAAAACACAGCCGAACCGGCGACAGAAGACAAGAUAAAAUGUUGCCGUUAUACCUCGUCAUUUGCCUUAUGGGAACAGCUACCCGAGCAGCCUACUUUUCCCAGCAGCCCCAAGACCAGGUAGUGGUGUCUGGUCAAUCGGUGACUCUGCCCUGUGUAAUCGUGGGGUACAGGGGAAUGGUGCAGUGGACCAAAGACGGCCUGGCGCUGGGUGGAGAAAGAGAUCUGCCAGGAUGGACACGCUACUCCUUAAUGGGAGACCCGCUAUCAGGCGAGCACAGCUUGAUGAUCGACUCGGCAGAGCUGGCGGAUGACGCCGUGUACGAGUGUCAGGCUACGCAGGCCGGACUGCGCUCCCACCGAGCCAAGCUCACUGUUCUAGUUCCCCCCACAGACCCGGUGGUGGAGGGGGGUCCUAUCAUACGUGUGAAGGCCCACACACCCUACAACCUCACCUGCCGCGCCUCAGGGGCCAAGCCUGCCGCCGAGAUCACCUGGUACAGAGACGGAGAGGUCAUGGACACGGCCAUAUACUCCAAGACGCGGAUGGAGGAUGGGAAGAGGGAGCUGGCUGUCAGUAUGCUUCCUGUGGUGCCGGAGGACAAGGACUCUGGCCGUACCUACACCUGUCGCGUCCUCAACCCCGCCGCCCCCGCCGGACUCCAGACCUCCGUCACCAUCAACGUCCAGCACCCCCCAUCAGUGACCCUGUCCGUCCAGCCCCAGAGUGUCAUGGAGGGAGCCAAGGUUCUGUUCAUCUGCUCUGCCUCUGCCAACCCUGAGAUCACAGGAUACAGGUGGUCCAAGGGAGGAGUCCCCAUCUCGGAGGCGAACGGGGACAGCCUGGAGGUGACGGUAGACCACUCGUACUUCACAGACCCUGUCUCCUGUGAGGUAUCCAACUCAGUGGGCAGCACCAACGUCAGCACCCUGGUGGAUGUACAAUUUGGUCCCAGGCUGCUGUCGGAGCCCAAGCCCAUGAACGUGGACAUUGGGAUGGACGCUGCCUUCACCUGCACCUGGACAGGCAACCCUCCCCUUACCCUGGCCUGGACCAAACAGGGCUCAAGCGUGGUGCUCAGUAAUGGCAACACCCUGCAGCUGAAGGCUGUCACCCAGGAGGAUGCUGGGACGUAUACCUGCAAGGCCAUCGUCCCCCGCAUCGGGGUGGCUGAGAGGGACGUCACGCUCACUGUCAACGGCCCACCUAUCAUUACAGCAGACGCCACACAGCACGCUGUCAAGCACUCCAAGGGCAAGCUAGAGUGCCUGGUGGGAAACAGCCCCUCGCCUGACAAGAUUGUGUGGACAUUUGGAGACAUGACCCUCUCCUCAGGUUCCUCCGGUCGUUUCUCUGUCCAGACGGUGACCAGUGACCACGGGGUCCUGUCCUCCCUGGUCCUGUCUGAGACCCUGGCCCAGGACUUCCUACUCCGCUACAACUGCACCGCAUGGAACCGCUUCGGCACAGGCACCGCGCUGGUCACCCUCAAGGAGCAAGAGGCCCUGCCCAUGCUGAUCAUCAUUGGGGCGGCGGUGGGCGGAGGGUGUGUCCUGCUCAUCUGUGUCGUCACCCUGGUCUCUCUCUGCUGCAGGCACACCGGGAAAGGUGAGGUCGAAGGUAAAAAGUGCACACGCCUCUCAAAGAGUGACAUCAGAGUUCAGAUUGUGCACAGUGACCACAAUGCUACCCGUGGCAACGAUGAUGAGGAGGAUGUCAAGGAGCCCAUGGUAAAUGCCUCCGUUCAAUCACUUUCAGCCCCCAACAGCAGUGAGUCUCCUGGGACGUCCCGGACGGAACACAGUGACCUGCUGGAGGAGGACGAGGACGAGAGGUCCGACAUCAAGGUAAAAACCGACCCCACUAACGGCUACUACAACGUGCAUGCUCACGAGGACCGGGUGAUCCGCAGUGGUUUCUCAGAUUACGUGCCCAACCCCCGUCCUGUCUACACACCAUCCCAGCUGCCCUCCCCCAGCCCGCUGUACGGCCAGCACACAGUGGUGGCAGCCACACAGCCCCGCAUCUACGACUUCUCCCACCGCUACGCCACCACCACAGGGGCCCGCUCCACCUACGAGCAGCAGCAGGCAGCGGCAGCCCAGCCCGGAGCCAUCUACCCCACCGACCCCGUCUACAGCGGCUCUGCCUACCUGCCCACCGCCGCCACAUACGGCCGAGCCUUCACCAGCUACGUCAAGCCCGCCUCCUACGAGAAGGUGGACGCCUACGAUCAAUCGGACCAGGCUAGCAAGGUGUCUAGCUCCUCUCGUUUCUCCUAUGCAUCAUCGCAGGUCUCCUCCCAGCAGUCCGACUACGGACGGCCGUCACAACGCAUGCAGACUCACGUCUGAUUUGACAACGGAACAGGGGGUGGAGCGCGAAGGGCCAUGUAAAGAGGAAGCAUUUGUCAUCUCUAUAGGAGGUGUGGCCAGACUAACAUGAGGAGAGAGGACUGGUUGGCUGGUUCCUUCUCCUGGACACCUUUUUAUAAGGAGAUGUAGGUGACAUGGAUUGCCUUCCUUAUUUGUUAUUCAGUUGUCAUUCUGGGAUUGAAUGGUCCCAAUGGAGUCCCAAUGGCAUUCCAAUGGAGUCCCAAUGGAGUCAAUGAUUGUGAUGUGCCACUCACAUUCCCCGUCAAUAAAUAAUCUACUACAGUGUCUGCUCCUUCAGAGAUGAGCCUGCUAUUCUGUCAUGGCACUGGUUUUGUUUUACCAGUGAGGGGAUGGGAGGAAGGCAAACUGGAAAUCACCAGACAGGAGCAUCUCAUGACUUUGGGUGGCCUAAACUAACUGGAUGCUGGAGCCUAGCUAACAUUUCUCAAAAAGAACAGACUGCUCGGACAAAUAGAACUUCGAACAGACUAUGAACAAAUAAAAAAUACAGAUAUAUUCAUUUAAAAAAAAAGAAGAGUCAACACAUUGUGGUCAUUUGGUGUUUGUCGGCAUGUGAAAGGAGUUCUAAGCACAUUCGUGUCUCUCUAUCCAUUUAAAGAAGCCUGAGCUCCACAAUGGCAGCCAUAAACCGCUUAGCAAAACAAUAAGUUUGGCUUGGGUGUGGGUUAUCUGGGAGUGAAAGCAGAGUGAGGUAUGGAGAGAAUGUGUAUCCUGGCCUUCACCUAAUAGAGAGACAGCCUCUGUGUUAUUGUUCUACCCUGGAGGACAAGAAAAGGAAAUGGAAAAACCCAGAGAUGGUGGGCUACAGUACAUAGCAGUGUAUUGAAAGAGUUAGGGAUUGAGAUGAAUUCCUCUGGGUACUGUAUUACUUCUGUGUUUGCCAGAUUGUUAAAUGGAGACUCUUUCCAGAACAAUCAUUGUAAAAUGGUGGCAAUCUUGAACUUGAAUAAGCUCAAGGUGCAGUCUCAACAGGCUAAGAUGGGUUCUACUUGUGAAACUGUCCCUCUUCAGACACCAUCCACACACCAGUCUUUAUGACAGUCAAGUAACUUCAAUAUGUUUACAAAAACACAGUACUACCCUGAAAUACUGACGAGAUCAACUGUACAAAUGGGUGAAGAAGUCCCAUUCUUUCUCUGUUGCAUGCAGAUGAUGUGUCUAGUGAAACUCUUCAGCAUUUCUUUUCCAUGUCCAUUAUGCUUGUUUGAGAGACUGCUUACUGCACCUGGUCUGUUGUAUUCCGAUUCUGGACACUGCUGGAUCCCUGUACUGCCAUUUUGUGUCAAGAGCGGCGCUACCGGUCAGUCGGCCCAAUUGGAAAACAAACGUCACUAAGUGAACCAAGUGAUUUAAAAACAAAAAUCAUUGCUCGUCUUUAUUUUUAUAUAAGCCUUAAUGUACAGCUUGUAAGCUGCUUUACUGUAAAGUAUCUUUAUAUUAUAUAUAUAUACAUAUAGAUCUAUAUCUUGAUUGAUUUUAUUUGGGUCCACAAUUUCUCUCCUUCUGUUCCGUUGUCCAUCAAUCACUGAAUGCAGAAAGAUGAACUAUGCUUUUUGGGAACACAACUAAUUGCCAUUUGUUGGUUUGGUUCAUUUUGUUUUUUUAAUGUAUUAAGGAUUUUAUUUGCUAAAAAUGAGCCAUUGUUGCUUGUAACUUUGUAUACAUAUUUAUAUUUAAAUAAAACCAUUUCA